AUGCACCCCUUCACCCUCCUCCCUCUCCUCCUCCCCCUCCUCCUCCCCACCCUCACCCUCUCCUCCCCCCUCUCCCCCCGCCAACCAAACCCCUGCAUCCCCACCUCCUACACCAUCACCGACUUCCAUUACACCUCGUCGCCCUCCUCGGGCGCCCACAUCGCCUUCACCUUCCACUCUUCCUUCCCGGACCUGUCCAUCAUCGACGACGCCGCCGCCUCGACCACGGGUACCCUCUGCGAAGCCAAUUCCGCGCCCGGAACCCCGAUCCCGAAUUCCAACGUGUGCGUGACGGGAAGGAGGAAUCUGGUUUUUGAACUUAGGGGAUCGCAGGAGAGGGCGGAUUUCCAGGUUGUGCAUGGGUGGAGGUGUGGGGGGCAAGAAUGGCUCUCCUCCACGCACCGUAAAAUCGAUCCGCUGAGCUGUAGUCUGGAUGUGGCGGGCACGCUGAGGUGCACGAGUACGCAGAACAGCUUUCAGCCAGAGAACGUGAGGAGGAUCUGUGCUACGCCGACGUGUCCUUGA